AUGGAAACUAAAGAGUGUGCCUGCCUGGUGGGCCAGGAACCUCGAAACAAGCGGGAGAGUGCUCUGUGCGACAGUUCGUACUUCUAUCAGACUGAUUGGCGCUCCGGCGGCUUCCCCAAGUUUCCCGGCGUGCCGGCGGCGGGCCCCGCCGGCGCCGUGGUGGGCGAGAGGGUGGGCGCGCAGUGCGGCACCCGCGCCGUGCCCCACCUGCCCUCGCGGCCGGGGUCGCCGUCGUCGCGCAUCGUGGGCGGCACGCAGCCGCCCUACGGCGCCUACCCCUGGCAGGUGGAGAUCCAGGCCUUCCGCGCCGAGCAGCGCUCCUUCCAGCACCACUGCGGCGGCGCGCUCAUCGGGCCGCGCCUCGUGCUCACGGCGGCACACUGCCUCAAGGCGCCGGCGCUCAGCUCGCCCGACCAGCUGCGCGUCGUGCUGGGCGACCACAACCUGUCCACGUCCGACCCCCACGAGCAGGCCUUCCGCGCCGAGCGCGUGCUGCUGCACCCCGAGUUCCGGAAAGAGGGCCCGUACAGCAACGACAUCGCGCUCAUCCUGGUGACGCCGGUGGGCGGUCGCGCGUUCCGCUUCUCGUCGCACGUGCAGCCCAUCUGCCUGCCGGACUUGGCGGCCAAGCGCGCCGCCCCCGAGGGCGCGUGGUGCACCGUGACGGGCUGGGGCGCGCAGGCCGACGACGCCGUGGACAGCCUGUCGCCCGUGCUGCGCGCCGCCGCCGUGCCGCUGCUGGGCCAGGACACGUGCCGCGCCGCCGACGUGCUGGGCGGCCCCUUCCGCCGGCAGCCCAUCCUGGACGGCAUGCUGUGCGCCGGGCCGCUCUCCGGCGGCGUGGACGCGUGCGGCGGCGACUCGGGCGGCCCGCUCGCCUGCGAGGUGCACGGCCGCUGGGUGCUGACGGGCCUGGUGUCGUGGGGCGACGGCUGCGCCAAGCGGAACCGCCCCGGCGUCUACACCAGGGUGGCGCACUACGGCGACUGGAUCCGCGACUCGGCGAAGCAGCUGGGGCUGUGAUGCACUGUGAAGCACUAUGAAGCCUGUGGAGUGAUUCCGAAUGGGAGGCCUCUCUCUCGCACUCAUGGGACGCUCCGUGCCGGUGUGAGAGAUGCAGACCGACGGCCGCGCUGUGCCGCCAU